AUGCGUACUGCUGCAGGCAGCGUGGUGAGAAAAGGAGGCCGAGGCAAAGCAACUUGCGGCUUCUGCGAGCUCGUAGUGCCCCAAUCGCAAUGCGUCAAGUACCAGGGGCACUGCCUGUGCCACGAGUGCGUGGAGUUUGCCGAUGAGUCUGGCUACGAACCGAAAGUGCUGGCAACGAUGAAGGCCAAGGCGCCAGGAAAAUGGAAGGAGAAAAAGGCAACCAAAGGGGAGUGGAAGGCUGGCAAGCAGAAGGCCGAGGACACGAGGGGCUUCCCCACUGAGGAAGUCUACGGGGAGACGGUCCAGGAGAGCUCCUUGACGGAGGAGUACACGUUCCAGCCCCGCGACGACUUCAAGGAUGAGCACGACUGCUUGCCAGACCAGGCGAAGGUGGUGACGUUGCGCGUGACGAACGCACAGGGCGAGGACUCCUUCGGCGUGGUGAUCUUGCAGGACGUGGUGAAGCCCCCGACGCCGGCGGUGAAAACGACGAGGAGGCUCGUCAGGAGGACGCCUGUUAUGACGAAGGCCAUGCACUACUACAAGAGCCAAGCUUCCACCCUCUUCGAGAACAUGUCGGCUGAUCGGGCGCGCGCGUUCGGCCAGAGGUUCGGGAACAAGUACCAGCCGAAAUCCAAGAAGUUCACCGCCUACAGCAGGGAUAAGAUCAGAAUGCUCGUCAAGAAGAACUUGGCGAGGCCCGAGGGCUUGCGCCGCAUGGCAGCGAUGAGCGCGGCGGCAAGGGCGGCGGACAGUGAGGCCAAGGCUCAGGCCCCUCAGCCCUCGCCAGGGGCUAGCCCGGGCGCGAUUGGGCCGCCGCCGAAGAGGGCCAAGUCGGGCUCGUUGGCCGCGCCCUCGAUCGCCGAGACCUGCGCUGGUCUGACGGAGAGAGAGGGCCGCUUGAAGCCGCCCGAGUACUGGCACGAAACCCUCACGCCGUCGAAGGUGUUCGCGGGCAGUCCCUUGAAGAGGCAGGUGGGCUGGGCGAGGGACUGCGUCAAGCGCGUGGCGGGCCAGGGCGAGGCCGUGAAGGCCAACCACCUCGAGGAGCACAUCGACCGCAUCGACAUCUGCAUGCAGCUGAUGAUAGACCUUGGCAACGAGACGACGACCUUCGACGACCUCAAGUGCAACUUGCAGAAGCUAGCGGCUGCAAAGGUCGAUUUCGAUUCGAAUAUCAAGAGCAAGCUCCUGGGGAAGAGAUUGUACUCGUCGAUUAUAGCAUUCUCGUCGGGUGACGUGGACGAUGCCUGCAUCGCCGAUAUCGUGGAUACCGUGAUGCCGUUCAAGUUCGACAAACCUGUGACGGCCGACGGGGAGAUGGUGGAUGGCGAACCUGAUGUGGAGAUGAUAGCCACCGAGCACCAGGAGUUCGACCCCAUGAAUGUCUCUAUGUCGACCAUCGAUGGUACGAUGCAAUCCAGGGCCGCGCUGCUCUUGAACGUGCUCUUGAAGGAGAUCGCCCCUGCGACGCUGAAGGUGGGCGAGGGCGGUCAAGCGGCAUCGGCUCGCCUGUCCGGGGCCAUGCUGGACCACUUCGAAAAGGCCGUGGAGGACUUACCCGAGGUCCCUCCCGAAGCCAUGGACUCGCUGAAGGUGCUCCGCGUCACGUGCGCCGUCUGCGACACCACCUGCCAGGUGGACUUCGAGACCAUCGAGGAGUUCUUCUUGCAGCAGGAGAGAAAAUGCAAGGGGGGCCUCGCGGACCUGGGCGUGCUCCUGAGGAUGAAUGGCGACUGGAAGCCAGUCUACGACAUGAUGAAGAGCACCUUGCAGGACGCCAAGAAGUUGAUGCCGAAGAUGUUCAAGCAGGCCAGUGUGUUAAGAGACCUCCAGAAGAACGUGGCAGCCAUCGCGCUGCCCAACGAAGCCAUCAACGAGGCCUUCGUCAUCAUCAAGACCUGCCGCGAGCUCUUGAGGCCAGGCUCAGGGCACGUGUUGGAGGUCGCUUGCAGCGGGCUACUCGGGACGAUCUACGAUGUGAUGUUCGACAAGGGCGGCGUGGUCAAGGGGGGGGGGGCUGACUACAGCAAGGACGCGCUGGUGGCUGCGGAGAUCAUGUUCAAGGAAGGCGUCAAGCUCAAGGCCAUGAACGAGGAGUUCGGCGAGAGGGCGACGCACGACAUCCAGGCCGUGAUCGAUCAGAUCGGCGCGAAACAGCUCAUCGAUGACAUCAAGCAUCACUUGGCAGGUGGCGCCAAGGACGACACGGGGAAGGUCGACAUCGAGAAAGUGAGAAUCAUCAGUGGGGAGUUGGAAGCCGUCAAUGAGACCUCGCUCGACGACGUUGCCAAGGGUGAUAUCCAGACCUUCUGCGAGGACGUAUGGAACAACAUCAAGGCCGACGAUGCCACGGACACGGCAGCGAUUGCAGAUCUCAUGGUCGGCAUCGCUGAGUUCACGGACGGCGGGAUGAAGAACACCUUCGAAGCUUUCUACGCGGCCUGCGAGGCGAAGUCCAGCCAGGCUGCGCACGCCGCGCUCUCUGGCGAAGGCGAGUCCCCCGGCGCCGACGAUACGGGCCCGAAGAAGAUGCAGGCCAUGAAGACCCUCCUCUUGAAGAAGCUGGAGCUCCAGAAUGCCGCGGACACCAUUGGCCAGGCCAACAUCGAUCCGCGCAUCGCGGCCGCGGUGAACGAGGUCAACGACUACGUGACCACCAGCGCCGACAAGGCCAUGACGACGACAGAGACGCAGCUCGGCAGUCGGUUGGAUCUCGCUCAGAAGUGGGCCAAGGGCGGUGCUGAUGGAGAAUCGUGGUGGGAGUCCGUGAGCGACGCUACUGACCUCGACGAGGUGCUCAGUAAGGGGGCGACCACCGUGUGCAGCAGGAAGUCGGACAGCUACAAAGAGGAGAUCGACGCCAACAAAACUCUUCAGAAGGCAUACGAGGAGACCGCCAGCUGCUUCACGAGGAUGGUGAACCCAGACAUCAAGAAGAAAGCGACGGAUAUCACCAAGAGCCUCGCGCAGUCUAACGCCCUGAUCGACCGCGCCGCGAAGGCCUCCAAACUGCAGUAG